AUGCAUUCUUUCGGAAAUGAAGAAGCAGUCUCUUUGGAGCGGCUCUUUCGGUUUUUCUGCGAGUGCGUACGGCGUGGAGACUGGGAGCUUGCGCAGGCCUGUGUGCCCCAGCUGAGCCAGUGGCACGGGGAUGGCCCUGAGAAGGUGGAGGCAAUUCUUAAGGCUCUGGUAGCUUGUCCCGUGGGGGUAAGAUGGGGACAGAAUUCUACCCCGUGGAGAACUGCAUGGCUUUGGCUUCUUGUGCUGGAAAAAUGGCUUGCCAGGAAUCAGAAAACUGUUCCAGUUGUUCUUCAGAGAGAAACUGAAUUUUUAUUGUUCUUGGAAGAACUACAGAAAGAUGUCUCUGAGGAAGUCCUAAAGGAACUGUUUGAAGCAUUUGAAUGCACCCAGAACAAGCACAUCACAGACAGGAAAAGAAGAGAUGGCUGUUCUCACAGAUUCAGUUUGGAUGUUGUUUCAGCUCUCCGGAAGCUUUUGCUGAGGGCUCCCCAGAGGGCAAAAGCCCUCAUGGAGUUCUUCCAGGAGGAACAAGGCACACACAGCUCCUCGCUCCAGCAAUAUUGCUCUCCACAAAACAUCUUUGUUGAAUUUCUUCGUGACUCCUUGAAAUCUCUGCAGAGGCUUCAGUGCAGUUCUGAGAUUUCAACAGAACUAGAUCAAAGAGAACUAGUAGAUACGAUUUAUGCUGCUCUUAGUAUAGUGACUUUUGAGGUGGAGCAUCAGGCAGAUGAACUACGGCACCUAUUCAGGGAACUCUUGGAUGUAUGCUGGGCUGAGGGAAGCCCACUGAGGGAGGAGAAGCUACUGAGCUGUAUGCUGAGGAAACAGAGCCACGGCCUGUUAAGCCUGUAUAGCAGUGUUCUGAUAGAAAGAACAAGAGAAAAAAUUCUGGUGUCGAAAUCAAUACGAAAAGGUUCAUCUGAGCAGCUGGAUACAGAGCGAACCAUGAUGAGUUUGUUCUCAGAGUCCAAAGAGGCUCCUUCUUGGAGGACAGCCUAUUUUUACUGCUUGAGCAGCAGCAAGCACUUUCUGGAACAGAUUCUGGUGACUGCAUUAACUUUACUGAAAAGAGAAGACUACUCAGGCCUGAAGAGCUUACUGAGGAGAGAAUUCAACCCCCUUAGCCGCCUCUUGGUAUUGCUAGGAUGGACUCAUUGUCAAAGCUUGGAAUCAGCAAAAGCAUUGCUGUGGACUCUUCACAAAACUCAGGAUCUGUGCAAUGAUUCAGUACUGAAAGAUUUCUGUGAUGGGCUGUGGGCUCAGGUGGAAGUUCUUGAAUGGUGCAUACAGCAAAACAGUAUUACUAUCCCAAGGAAGGUUCUUUUGCAACACUUGCACAGUCUAGAUUGCCACACUGCAGUGUAUUCUCUUCAUCAUCUCACUAAUCUUCUGGCACUGAAUGAAGACGAUGUUAUUGAGCUUCUUCAAAAAGUUCCUGCUAGAGACCAGCAGAUGCAGGCGGCAACACUCCCUAACACCCUGAGUCAGCAACGCAAUCUGGCACUCUUUCGAGCGUUUUGCGCCAUGAAGUAUGCUAUCUAUGCUCUCUGUGUGAAUUCACAUAAGCAUUCCAAAUGCAAAGAUUGUGUACACAGCCUUCUUGGUGAUAUCCCUGAAGACGCAACUUUUGGAGAACCAGCAGAUUGCUCUUCGGUAUUUCCUCAGUACCUUGUGAAGUGUCAGCAGUUCUUAAGGAGCGUUCCUGCUCCUCUGCGCCUGGAGGUUUUGGAGAACAUCUUCUCCUUGCUUUUUGUUUCCUACAGUGACCUCCAUACUGAGACUCUUCUGCCUGAGGACUAUGCAGAGGAUGAUGAUCUUGACAAAAAGAGUACUACUGUGAGUGUAGAAGGCAGUGCCAGUCGUCGGUCUUCCACCUCAGAAAGUCCACAGUGCCAAAUGGAGGCUGAAAAGAAAUUAGAGAGGCAUCUGCUGGCUGCUCAGACAGUUUACACACAUACCCACGAUCUUCAUGACUCAAUGUUAGGUGGCAAAAGCUGUGAAACCUCUAGGCUGAGCUAUCUGGAUCUGAAACACUUCACCAGUGGUGUUACUGGCUUUUUAGUGGAUGAUGUGGCCAUGGAUGCCUUCCUCACAUUGCUUCUCAGUCAUCUGGAAGAAAUUCAGAGUUCACUCCCAUGGGACUCCAGUAACGUGCUUUGUGAAGAGCUGGAGCUUGUCGAGUGCUUGAAUCUUUCUGCAAACAGAGAUGCCUUUGGAAGUCGUGUGUUACAGUUUUCCAAAUACCUUUCUGAAGCUCACUGGCGAUACAAGGUGGUGAUGAGUAACAGAAAUGCAGAGCAUCAGCUUGCAGCUUCCAGGAGACGCUGCUCUUUAAUCAGGAGCUCCAGCUUUAAGAAGCGAAGUAGAUCUCAAAGGUACAAGACAGAUGGGAAAGGGGGAACUUCCAGUCCAUCAUUAGAAAGUACAAGUAGCGAGCUAAGCACCAGUACCUCAGAGGGAAGUACCAGUAACGUGUCUGGCUUGAGCGAUUUGGAAAGCAGGAUUAGACCACAUCAGCAAAACCCCCUCAUUCCUAUGAUGCUUUCCCCACCAGAAUCACUGUUGGUUUCUUGUGUUUUGAGAGGAAACUUUGUAGAAGCCCAUCAGGUGGCUUUGAUGUUUAAUCUGGAUACUUCACCUUGCUAUGGUGAAUUGGUUUUCAUGGAGCGCUACCAAGAGGCGGUACGAGAAAUGGCAAGAGUGGAGCACAAUAUUGAGAAUCAAGCAUCGGAUGGCACUGGAAGCAUCAGGAAAUCUGGCAGUGGCCGUUCCACACUGCAAGCUAUUGGGAAUGCAGCAGCAGCUGGUAUGGUAUUUUAUUCCAUCUCGGAUGUUACUGAUAAACUGCUUGCAACUUCUGGAACUCUUGCCCCUACUCUCCAAGAAAACUUCUGGAUCAGCAGCAUACAGCUGGAGCAUACUCAUCCUCUGCGUGAUGUCCUUGAGGACCUCAGUCCUUCAGCAAUGGCGGCAUUUGACCUAGCUUGUACUCAGUGUCAUCUUUGGAAGACAUGCAAACAGCUUUUGGAAACAGCAGAAAGAAGACUGUACAACAGCCUUGAAACUCGGGGCCGCCGACCUGACUUUGUUUUACUGCACUCUGAAGGUGUAAGGGGUUUCCCAGCAGUUCUCCAGCAAAUAAGUAAAAUUCUCAACUAUUCCUGCACAUCACAAGGGCAAUCCAAGCCAGAGGUCUCAGAUGAGAAAAUAGGGAGUCAUUUUCGAUGCAGUAUUGUAGACCUUCUGCAAGCUUGCUACCCUACCUUGACUGAAGAAAGUAUUACUAAUGAAAUUGUUUUAUCACAAAAUCUGGAUCAAAUCCUAAAAGCACUGACGCAUGUUGAACGUUCUGUGGACUCUAAAGGGAGCCUGCUUGGCACCUUGGUGGAGCAGGCCUCUCUCAAACCUACGGAACUGGAGAAGCACCUGGUUUGGAAUCAAACACAGAUCCUGCUGAGAACUCUUGACCAGCAUGUCCAAACCAUGACAGAGAGCAGCACACAGACAAACUUUGUGAAGUCCUUCUUUGACUACAUCAAUACACUGGCUGCUGUUGUGCUUCGAAGCCUGAAUGCAGAGCUAGAUACAUCUGCAGAAGUGAAAGUGGGGAACCCUUUCAUACUGUUACAGCAGAGCCCAUCUCAGCUGCUCUCCCAGCUUGUGUUUGAGAGACAAGUUCAUCCUGACAGGCUUUCUUCUCUCUUGGUUAAAGAAGAUUUGAACUUGAAUGUGCAGCAAGUUAUUGUUGACUGUUGCUGUGAACCGCUGUCCUUGUGCAGUGCAAGGCAAAACAGCCAGGCAAAGUCUCUUCUGACAAACAUCAGCAACUUAGCAUACCAGUGUGCCUACCACUGCCUGCCAGAUGUUGAAAUAGCUAUUCAUAAUUCUGUAGUGACCCCUGAGGAUAUCUGCACUCAGGCCCCGUCCUUUGUGAAUGACUUGAGCCAGCACACACUCACUGCCUCCUCCCUGGAUUUCCUAAAGUCUCAGUCAAAGCUAAUGGCUGCAGUGGCAUGUCUCAGUGCAUCUAAUAUACAGAAAAUUCCCAAAUCGAGUUUAUCUUGGAUAGAAUUUCGGGGCAAACGGGAAGCGCCCUUAGGUUUGGAACAGAUUUCCAGGGAGUGUGAGGCAUUGUUGAAGGAGUUCCCAGUAUUGGAACGAUCUCUUCUUGCUAUGUUUGAGCCACUUCAGAAUCAGCAGGAGGAAGGUAGCAGUUUGGCUACUGUCCUGUCAGGCAAGACAUACAUACCUGUGGUUCUCCUGGGACUGCAUUCCACCACAGCUGUUAAGGUAUUAAUGGGAGUCUUUGAAGAAGCUCUCGCUGCAAAGGAUUGGGACAGAGCUCUGAAGGUCUUGGAUCUGUACAGUCAGGAUGUGGAGGAGCUGGCCAAUGUGAAGGAUGCUGUGCUGAGCUGUGCAGCUGCUGAAGGUAAGGAUGGUUGGCAAUACUUGUUCCCAGUAAAAAAUGCAGUGUUGAGAAGUAGGCUGGCCCUGCGCUGUCUGGACAAAUGGCCCCUUGAUGCCUGUUUGGAAAUCCUAGCUUAUUGCCUUUCUGAUUUGGGUAUAACUGAUGAACUGAAAGCCAGUCUGCAGAGCAGGAAGAAUGAACUUCAGGUUUAUCAAAAGAUUUUGAAUGUGCAAAACGAACCAUUGUGGAAUGACUGGCAGGAUCUGAAAAAAACCUGCACUGGUGACCCUCAGGCUGUCAUGAAUAUCAUUCUGAAAGCAAAGGAUUAUGAGUUGUGUGAGGAGUGGGGGCACUUGUAUCCUGUCCCAAGAGAAGACUUGAUCAGCCUUCACCGUGAGCACCUUCUCUACUUACUGGAGAUGGGAGACAUGGAAAAAGCAUUGCAGCUUUUACAAAGAAUUGAAGACCCUGGUGUUUGCCUUGCCAUCAGUGAACAGUCCCUUGACCAGCAUCCGAACUUGGCCGCUUCUCACUUCUUGGCUGAUUACCUCACAGCUCACUUCUUCGCAAAUCUGACAACAGCACGCCGUAAUGAAAUCCAGGCACUCUAUAUGGGAUCAAAG